AUGCCUUCCGGCCGCAGAUCUGGCCGCUUCAAAGGUCCCAGGGCGGUUUACAUUGAUGAUCCAUUUAAGGCAGCUGGGAUCAGUGAUGAUGAGGACUCAACCAAGCAGGAGAGUUCUCGCAAGGGGAAAAAGAAGCGAGCCCCAACAGAAGAUUCAGCCUCAGAUAAUGAAUUUGUGGCUGGCUCGGGUGAAGAAGCUGAUGAGGGAAUUGAGGAAGAAGACGAGCUAGAAGAUGAGCCCGAAGAGGAGGUAGAAGAAGAAAUUGGACUAGAUGCGGAUGCCUCUGACCCCGAAGAAAUGGACGUCGACGGCAUCGGGAAUACUCCUAGGAAAGAGCGCUCGAUACCGUUCCAACACGACGCGAGCGUCAAAAAGCGAAGGGCAGAUGGAACAGUUGUACCAUCUGCUGAAGAGACACAUACUCGUGGCAUCAUCGAACCCAGAGAUCACUUGUCCAAAGGCACUUAUUACAAUCUCACUUUCGGUUCUGACGAUCGAGACCUGAUGCCAGCCAUCCACUUCCGGAUGCGAUGGAACAAGGGUAUAGAUGCGGUCUUUCCCUCUCGCGUCACCCUGGAGGAGACAGAGAAGAAGCCUGAAUACCUGUACGGUCCCACGUUUGGGGUUCACCCCGAUGAUGUUAUGAAAGAAAGCACCCGUGGAUGGGACUGGUACUAUGACCAGGACACUGGAGAGAGAUUCCGGAAAAGACAGCGCAUUGAGACGAUGAAAGAAUCAAUCGUGUUCCAAAAUUACCUGCCUCAACCAGACACGCGAAAGCAUGGCAUUUUACUGGGGCCGCAUGAUAAUCAACAACUAUUCGAAUUGGGAUAUCAUGAGACUUUUGACUAUGGAAAGGCCUGGGAGAAACCAGGCUCCAAACCAGGCGGAUCGGGAGCUGGGACCAAAAGGGUUCGAGAAGGUUGGAUGCUAAACAUCGGUCAAAAGGCACAUUGCAUGACUUGGGCUCCAAACCAGAAUGGUCUCACCCAGUAUCUUGCUGUGGCGGCGCCGAUUACAGAAGAUCAGAAGAACCAGUACAAAUCCGAGGAAAGUGAGCCUAUCUCAUCGUUUCAACCCUCGGAGCCUUUCCCUAGCGCUCUGCAGAUUUGGGAGUUCAAAGCCAAACCGAGCGAGACUCCUACAAUGACCCUCGAUAUGGAAUCCAAACCCCGUCUUCGACAAGUCCUGUGUGCUGACUGGGGUGACUUGAGACGCAUGGUAUGGUGCAAUUUGCCUCGGACCGAACGAGUGGAGGACGAAGAAGAACAAGCAUCCAUUGGUCUACUCGCAACAGUUUGGGGAGAUGGAUAUGUCAGAGUUUUGGAUAUAAAAACAAGUACAGAGUCACAAGGAACCGAAUUCCGUGAGUACCCCUUUCGAGAGACUCUCACGAGUCCCGCUAAUGCGCAAGAUAUAGUCAAAAUCAAAUCGCCUGCGUUUGAGGCCAAACCACCAUCAACAGUUUGUACAUGUGUCACUUGGCUAUCCCCCAGUGAUCUUGCAGUGGGAUGCGGUAAUGGCUUUGUGGCUAUCUGGAACAUCGAACCUUCCUCUGCGUCUGAACCUACACCUUAUUUCUACCGGCCACUCCACGCCACCUACAUACUCGACAUCACCUCGGCAUACCCGGUCCACCCCCAACUAAUGACCACCAUUGCUAUGGAUGGCGAAACAAGGAUGUGGUCGGUCCUCGAUCCCACCAGUGAAAUGGCCUCGACGGGCCGCAUGCGAGGGGCCUCUCCCUUCGUCAGUUAUUCUCCCAUCUGCCAGUCCGUUAUUGCCGGGGAUGAAAAUGAAUUCGCUCGCGUGAUUCCAAUUCGACGAUUUUUUACCACCACCACCAUUGCGCGACUCAGCAGCAUCAUUUCGGCCAUGGCGCAAUGCAGCAAUCAUCACCCCUGUGCCUUAUUUGGCAGUACCGCAGGUGAGGUCGUAGGAACAAAUCCCUUCCGACGAGUGGUUUACAACAAGGAGCAAAUCUGGCAGCAGAUAUGGUUUACACAUGAAUGGAUUCCCACCUCUAAGACGGGCACUAUGGGCACUAGUCGGUUUCAUGACGGAUACCGGGCAGAAAACCAGAAGCUGGCAAUGCACAAGCUGUUCGAGACCAACCCCGUGAAUGGGAUGGGGACCUCGACGAUCUACGAAGAAAACACUCAUGUCACAGCCCUCGGGUGGAACCCCAACCGCCCUUGUGCAGCGUGGGCCAGCGCUGCGCUGGGGUGUGGAUUGGUAAGAGUGGAAGAUCUUGCCAUCUAG